AGAGAGCCAAGAACAGGUUUCAGAAAUGCAAAAUGUGAAAAGGACAUCCACUCACUCGCCAAGAUUAGCUGCAGACUGGACAAAGAUGAGCAGAGAAUUCGCCAGCCGUUAAGAAAGGAGAAGGAUCGUUCUGCGCGCAGGUCAGAGAGACAGUGGUGGAGGCACCGAGGUGGUAAAGGAGCACUCAGCAGCCGGGACGGAGGCCGGGCAGCAGAUGCGGCUCAGCUGCGGGCUGCAAACACGGCAGACGCUUACACGCGGACGAGUGGACAACACUGUCUGAGGCAUGUUGUGGGCUAAGGAGGCCACGUUGAGUGCGAUUUCCUGCUUGUGAGAAACAGAUACGAAGAUUUACACAUGCCUGUGUGUGGGGCCACGUGCGGACGUCAGCACCACAGUGAUGAUUACGUACCAGUUUAUUUUCUGUUGUCUGUUUUCCUCUGUGUUUAUCUGUUUGUUUCUUGUUUUUCCUAAAAUGAAAAUGUAUCGCUUGCGUAACAAGAAAACAUUCGAGGGGAUGAGAAAAAAAGGCCUGUUUCUCAUUUCCCGGAGCCGACCCUGGUUGCCGUGGAGACUGGACGGUUGUCAAGGCGGUGAUUGGCUGGUGAGGAUGCAGGAUGUGGGAUCCCAGGCUUCCCUGGAGUGGCAGUGGGCGCAGCUUCCAGACUGCACUGCGGAGCCCGGCGCCAGCAUGGAUGGGGUGGACGUGUGGGCCAGCACCCUGGCCCAGCUGAUGGCCAAGAGGAAACCCCAGGACACCUGGGAGCUGGUCCCUGAGGAGAACCUGGCCUCCGGGCACAUGGAGGGUGGCGGUUUUCAGUACCGGCUGAGGGGGCUUUCCAGGCUCCAGUGUGGCCGCUGCCAGUGGGGCUGGUCCUCGGCCCACGUGCACAUCCUCUUCCACACGUGCUUGGAUGAGGACAGCCGCCUGGGGCUGGUGAAGAUGCGCAUCUGGGGCCAGCAGUGCAGGCUGUGCCCACCGGGCGUCCAGGGGCACUGCCAGGUGAGCCUUCUGAAUGUCCGGCUCUUCCUCAACAAGCUGGUCCUGUUCAUCCUGCAGAAGUGCUAUGGUGAGAGCCUCAGCUCAGACCAGUGCCCCGAGAUCUGCUUUGGUGAGCGCUGCGAGGCCUGCGACCUGGGCGUCUGCUUCUUCCAGAAGCCCCCAGACCCAGCCUGGGGGCCCGAGGUCAAGAGCCCCAGCACCAUCAAGGGCAGGUACACCUUGUACGGAGGCGGCGGCUUGGCCACCACCGCCGCCGGCAAGCAGCUGCUCACCCUUGGCAGUGGGCCCGUGGUCGACCGCGCCAGGGGCUACACCCCCAACUCCAUCACCAUCCCCCUCUCCGUGGCCGACUUCAUCAGGAACCCGAUUUCCGAGAGCAGCAACUUCUUCAGCCAAGAUGACGACAUCGUCACCGUCCCCUUCUCCCUUGUGGAUGUGGGGAGAGACAAGGGGCCGGCCGCCGGUGCCAAGGGCUGUGUCAGGCCGGGGCCGGGCUCCCUCCCAGCGGCUGACCCCGGCGGGCCCCUCAUCGUCGGCAAGGGCUCCAUCUACCUGCCGGCCAGUUCCACAGCCACGCCCAAGGGCAGAGGCCUCCUGGUGAACAUCAAAUGCCCCACCUUCCAUGGCCGAGGCCUCCUCAUCAGCAGCAUCAAGCCCUUCGAGCUGAAAGGCUUCAUCUUCAAAGGCCGGGGCUCCGUCCCCAGCUCCGCCGGAAAUGGCCCACUGCCGGUGUCCUACAUCAUUGGCCUCACGGAUGACGGAGAGGGCUCCAUCACCUUCCCCUCGUCUUUGGCGAACAUCAUCAGAGACGACUCCUUCCCCAACAUCAACGGCUCUGUCACCUUCCCCUUCAUCUUCACUGAUGAAGACAAAGGCAAGAAUGCUCCUGCCAACACCACCCAAGGCGAAGAGAAGGAGGAUGGCGGUGAUGGCCCUGCCCCUGCUGGCCGUGAGCCCCUUCCGGGGACCCGCACCCGUAGACCCGUCACCAUUAGUGAGGGCUCCAUCACCAUCCCCUUCUCCGUCUUCGACAUCAUAAAGUACAAGGGCCCCGGCUCCAUCGUCAGUGGCCGCCGGAGCGGUGGCCUGGCCACGCACGGCUAUGACAAGAAGAGGAGACAGCCGAGGGCCGGGCUUGGCAGGUCCGGCUCCCAGCCGGGCUGGGAGGAGGACUCCUGCUGGGAUGAUGACUGCUGCGCGCCGCGUUUCGACCCCUACGAGGAAGUGUGGAUCUGGGUUUCCAUGACCGUCUGCAUCCUCUGGAUCACGUACCUGUACAAGGUCAGCCCCUGACGGCCAGUGCAAGUCCUGACGCCUCCCAGCGGGGUCCCCCCGUGCCCCUCCAGCAGGGCCGCCCAGGCAGCCGAGCAGUGGGACACCCUGCCCACACCCCCGGGGCCCCCAGGCCACCCCUGCCUGCCCUCCCCGAGCUGAGCGUGGGCCCUCAGCCUUCUCCUCCACCUCCUGCUUCCGUGUGUGUAGUCUCUUGAUGUGAGUCGUGGCCUCAUGGAUGUCCACACCGUGAUUAUCCGGCAAGCUGCCAUGCGUGGUCCAGGCGCUUGUCUCUGUGAGCGUUACAGUCCAAUAAAAUAAAAGCGAAAAGGAAAAACCAA